GUGUGUGUGUUUUAGCUCUCCUGUAUCUCUGUAUCUGUGCAUAAGAGUAAAUAUGUUAAAAUCUUUCUGUUUGGAAGCACAUACAGCUAACUUCACACAUUGGUUCUAUAUUUGCUUUCGUAUUUUUAAUUAUGUUAGAUGGUGUUAUUCUGUAAUUUGCUUUUUAAGGAGAUGCCUACAUUGAAGAGUGACAGCAGCUGAACUAAAUGCUUCACUGCUGAACUAGUUCCUCAGGUAUCCUUGCUAUGGGAGAUUGGAUGACUGUUACAGAUCCAAGUCUGUCUUCAGAAAGCAAAAAUCUCUCUCAAUAUACCUCAGAAACAAAGAUGUCUCCAUCAAGUUUAUACUCACAUCAAGUGCUAUGUUCUUCAAUACCUUUAUCAAAAAAUGUGCACAGUUUUUUCAGUGCCUUCUGCACAGAAGAGAAUAUUGAGCAGAGUAUUUCAUAUCUUGAUCAGGAAUUGACUACUUUCGGCUUUCCUUCAUUAUAUGAAGAAUCCAAAGGUAAAGAGGCAAAGAGAGAAUUAAAUAUAGUUGCUGUUUUAAAUUGUAUGAAUGAACUACUUAUACUUCAGCGGAAGAACCUUCUAGCUCAGGAAAAUGUGGAAACACAGAAUCUGAAACUGGGAAGUGAUAUGGAUCAUCUACAGAGCUGCUAUGCAAAACUUAAGGAACAGCUGGAAACCUCCAGGAGGGAAAUGAUUGGACUUCAGGAAAGAGACAGACAGUUACAAUGCAAGAACAGGAAUUUACAUCAGCUACUUAAAAAUGAGAAGGAUGAGAUACAAAAAUUACAAAAUAUCAUUGCAAGUCGAGCUACUCAAUAUAAUCAUGAUAUGAAGAGAAAAGAACGUGAAUAUAAUAAACUAAAGGAACGUCUUCAUCAACUUGUUAUGAACAAGAAGGAUAAAAAAAUAGCUAUGGAAGUUUUAAAUUAUGUGGGAAGAGCUGAUGGAAAGAGAGGCUCCUGGAGAACUGGUAAAACUGAAGCCAGGAAUGAAGAUGAAAUGUAUAAAGUUCUCUUGAAUGAUUAUGAAUAUCGUCAGAAACAAAUCCUAUUGGAAAAUGCUGAACUUAAGAAGGUUUUACAGCAAAUGAAAAAGGAAAUGAUUUCUCUUCUUUCUCCCCAAAAGCAGAAACCUAGAGAAAGAGCUGAUGACAGUACAGGAACUGUUAUUUCUGAUGUUGAAGAAGAUGUUGGGGAACUGAGCAGAGAGAGUAUGUGGGACCUUUCCUGUGAAACUGUGAGAGAGCAGCUUACCAAUAGCAUCAGAAAACAGUGGAGAAUUUUGAAAAGUCAUGUAGAAAAACUUGAUAACCAAGUUUCCAAGGUACACUUAGAAGGUUUUAAUGAUGAAGAUGUAAUUUCACGACAAGACCAUGAACAAGAAACUGAAAAACUCGAGUUAGAAAUUCAGCAGUGUAAAGAAAUGAUUAAAACUCAGCAGCAACUUUUACAGCAGCAGCUUGCCACUGCAUGUGAUGAUGAUACCACUUCUCUACUGCAAGACUGUUAUUUGUUGGAAGAAAGGGAACGCCUCAAAGAAGAGUGGUCUUUAUUUAAAGAGCAAAAAAAGAAUUUUGAGAGAGAAAGACGAAGCUUUACAGAAGCUGCUAUUCGCCUGGGAUUGGAGAGAAAGGCAUUUGAAGAAGAAAGAGCCAAUUGGUUAAAGCAACAGUUUUUAAAUAUGACUACCUUUGACCACCAGAACUCAGAGAACGUGAAACUUUUCAGUGCCUUCUCAGGAACAAGUUCUGAUUGGGACAAUCUUACAGUGCACUCGAGGCCACGGCAAAAGAAGCCUCACAGUGUGUUUAACGGGUCUCCAGUUUGCACAUCUAAGCUUACUAAAUCUCUUCCUGCUUCUCCUUCUACUUCAGACUUUUGCCAGACACGUUCGUGUGUAUCUGAACAUAGUUCAAGCAAUCUACUGAAUAUAACUCCUGAAGAAACUAAACCAAAUCAGGUUGGAAGAGAAUGUCUAAAUCAGACAUCAAGUGUGGCAUCCAGACCUGAAUCACAGGAAGGUUACUACAGUGGAUGCUCCUUGGCUUACACAAAUUCUCAUGUAGAAAAAGAUGACUUACCUUAGGCAUGUGGACCAGAAUUCUCUUCAUUCGUAUAUUCAUAAACUUUGACAUCUAAGCUGAAACAGGCUGUGUCGUAAAGUCAGUCAUCUUUAAUAAUGUAAGAAAGCUGGCCUGAGUGGUUUGGACUUCCCUGUCCUCCCCCAAAGAGCUAAAAUUUAAAUCUAUUGAAAAGGAUAUAAAAGCUUUGGAUAUGUAUUUUUAGUAACAGAAGCAGCAUCUGGUUCUGUGAAUAAAGGAAUGUAUAGAUGUUUGGAUGAAAGCAAAAGCACUAGAAUGAGUUUCCUCUUAUGGGUAUUAAAAAUAGCACUUUUAGGGAAACUGAUUAUUGUAAAUGUUUAAUUUUUGUCUCAAAUAUAGUUGGCAUUGGAAGUUUAGCCCUUUCUUGAAUGUAUACUGUAGAUUUUUAACAAAGCAAGUUCUAUAUUUAUUAUGUUUAGUGUGAUUUGAAAUUACCUCUUUCAUAUGUUUUAAAUAAAGUGAAAUUUAUGUAUUUUUAGUAUAUAGAUAUACAUGAUUAUGUUAAGAGAUUUUAAGACUUAAAAAUUUUGCAUAUCCAUAAUUAUAGUAUUCCAUGCAAAUAAAUUUUUUUUAGUGAUAUUCUGUUUACAGAUGUAUUAGGGCCAUUGCUAUAUUACACUUAAGAAUUUUUUGAACCUAUCUGGGCAAUAAGUGUUCAGAAGUUAUUCCAUGAAGCCAAGUACUUUAGAUAACAUUAUAUUUUAGAGAUUUUUACAGCAUUAGAUUUUUAUUUAAUAUAUGUAGGAUAUUAUAAUUUUAAAAAGGAUUAUGAUUAUAGAGUAAUAGGGGCAUGACAACAAAAGUACCUUUGUACCUUUGGGGAAACAAUUUAGGAAUAUUGGUUUUAAGAUAUUUGGAUGACAGAAGGUAUGAAGAUAUUUAAGAUAUUUGGAUGGUCAUAUUUUCUUUAUCAGAUGGGUACCAGUACAGUAACAUCUGUACCAGCUAGGACUUUGUAUAAUGACCAAUAAUUUUUGAAUAAUUUUUCAAGAGGUAUUUACCACUAAUGAUAGUGGAAAUAUGAUAAUGUAAAAGCAUCUGAUUUUAUAAUCCAGAUAUUAUGAUGCUCUGGAAAAACUUGAGUCACUUCAUUCUCAGAGCACUCUUAAGCUCUCGUCUCUUGACUGUUUCUGAUUGCAUGUUUCUUCAUGGAAAGUAUGUUGUUGCUGUUGACAGUAAUAAUAAUAAAUAUGGAUGCAGGCUUUUUUCCAGGAUUUUCAUCAGAAAGUUUUUAAGUGCCUAACCCUACUCAUUUCUGUACAUAGACACCUACACAGAUCCAGUCGUUGCUUGGUAUUGCCCAUCUGCCUUCCUGUUUUCUAGCAGUUCAACCACUUACAUACACUCACGCUAUUGUGGCUGUUUCACUUAAAUCCAUCAUAUUAGGAGGGAAAAAGCCUAUUUUUGUCAUCCAUUCACUAUCACUCUUUGGAGUUGUGUAGCAGCAGCCACUUUUUUUCAGGCUUGGUAGAAUAUCAUUUAAGAGGAUCUCAUGUGGCAUUAAUGAAACUACUCAAACAGUAACCACAUUCGUUGUCUCAAAGAGCAGGCUCUUGAACAAAAAGUCAGUCACUACUUUCAGCUUGAUGCAUGAUCACUUAUUUACUGUUUAAAAUAUUAGAAGUGUUACAAAAUUUCGUAGAUAGUACCACAUUCCCAAGGAAGGAAUAGCUGGUGUUUAAUUUUUCUUUUGCUACUGAACAAAAAAGUGGUCAAAGAAAGGCAAUCAGAAGUUAAAAAAAAAAAAAGGUCAAUGAUACAUUUGUCAAGAUCCAUCUUUUUCCCAGGAGUUUCCAUGAUGCACUUUGCCAGAAUUGAGCAUUCUAAUUUUUAAAGUAAAUCUUUUAUUUUGAGGCAUACUAUAUUUCUAGAAAGCAGCAUAUGGUUUUUGUUCCCAUUUUAAAGCUAGCUGGAUUCUCAUUAUUGGAAAGGAGAAUUCCUUGAGAUUUACUUUAAAAUCUAAGGUAUGAAAGAAGUAAAACAGCAGCCAGGUUCAUUAUACUUUUGAUGUUCUCAUUAAUCUGCUAGAAGUUAUAUGUUAUACCUAACAGCAUCACUUUGGUUUUGCUGUACAUUCCAACUCCAAAAAGAUCCCCAAACAUCCCUAAGCUUCCCAGGAUGUUGGUAAUGGUUUCCAUGCUGGAAAACACCUGAGUCCACACUUAAAACUCCGGGAAUUUUGUUUCCCUUCCCUUUCAGGGUAUUUGCAAUGUACUAAUGAUAGAACUGUGCUGCAGUCCUACAUGGCCAUGACUAGGUUGUGGUUCCGUAAUGUAUUGCAGCAUGAAAGUUCUCCUGAUAAUCUUAAAUGUUUCUUGUUUAUCAAUAAGUAAAUCUGAUAUUUUGUACCUCAAGUUUGUUUUUACAUGACAUACCCAUUUUGAAUUUUCAAAGCAUAAAAAUGACAAAAUUUGAGAUAAAAUUUUUGUUUCCUACUUUUAAGUUUUGUAUCUGUAAUAUAUGAUGAUGAGAGACUUAAUAGAAGAAUCAAUGACCAGAAAGUCAUGACUAAAAUUUAAGUUCACAGAUAAGUUGUUUUCUUAUAGAAGCAACGUAUUAAGUGAUUAGAUUCAUAAGACAAUCUACAGCAAAUUGUUUACCUCAUGGUAUAAUUGAAAUCCUAUAAUUCAGAAGGAGGUCUGUAUUUCAUACCUUAGCUUACCUGCAUGUUUCGUAGGUUUGUGGUAACAUGGGUUUUUUUGGGAAAAAACAUUUCCUGGUGCAUGAUGAGAAGGAGAACGCCCUGGAACCCAGUCUUGACCCUCUCUGGUAAGGUGUUUGAAAGCCCCCGGCACCCCAGGAGAGGGAAGACAAAAGCUUUGCAGUGUGUGUGCUCAGAACGCUUGUGAAUUAGCAAAAUCCUUAUGUGAUUGCUCUGUUGUAAAAAUCUUCAAAGUAUGUUGCCUGAUUGAAUGUUAAUCAUGUUCUUAUUUCUAAAAUGGAUUUAAAGUGUGGGUCAUGGAAGUUUAGUAAAUAUACUUUUUCCUAUUUUUUGUCCUAACUUUUUUUCAGUCUUUUGGUCAUUUAUAAAGGGCAUACUGUAUGUCAGGGGUAAGUAACUACAUUCUAGUUACUGAGAAUAGGAAGACAAGCACAUUCCCUGCCGUUGAGAACAU